CUCUGUUACCUCGCUCGCGUCCUAGAAGAAGCCAGGCACACUCUCACCCCGGCUUCUCAGAGUGCAGGUUUCUGCCCGCAUCUGCCCCACUGGCACUGCAGUCGCGCUCUGCCCCCGAAGCUCGCGUCCUGGGGAAUUCCCCCGGGGAGCCUGAGGUCGCCAUGGAUCUUGAAGGAGACCUCCAGGGAAGAGCAGGGAAGAACUCCUAUAAACUGGAAAAGAAAGGUAAAAAGGAGAAGAAGAAAAAGCAACCAACCGUCAGUACAUUUACCAUGUUUCGCUAUUCAAAUUGGCUGGACAGGUUAUACAUGGUGCUGGGAACUCUGGCUAGUAUUAUCCAUGGAGCUGCGCUCCCUCUCAUGAUGCUGGUGUUUGGGGACAUGACGGACAGCUUUGCAAAUGCAGGAAGCAAUAGUCAAAGUGCAGCCAACACCACAGUGAGCUUCAAUCUGGAGGAAGAGAUGACCACGUAUGCGUAUUAUUAUACUGGAAUCGGUGCUGGUGUGCUUAUUGCUGCUUACAUUCAGGUGUCAUUUUGGUGCCUGGCAGCUGGAAGACAGACACAGAAAAUUAGAAAACAGUUUUUCCAUGCUAUAAUGAAACAGGAGGUAGGCUGGUUUGAUGUGCAUGAUGUUGGAGAGCUGAACACCCGUCUCACAGAUGAUGUUUUCAAAAUUAAUGAAGGAAUUGGUGACAAAAUUGGAAUGUUCUUUCAAUCAAUGGCAACAUUUGUGGCUGGUUUUAUAAUAGGAUUUACCCGUGGUUGGAAGCUAACCCUUGUGAUUUUAGCCGUGAGCCCUGUUCUUGGACUAUCAGCUGCUAUCUGGGCAAAGGUACUGUCUUCAUUUACGGAUAAAGAGCUCUUGGCCUAUGCAAAAGCGGGAGCCGUGGCUGAAGAAGUCUUAGCAGCCAUUAGAACUGUGAUUGCAUUUGGAGGACAGAACAAAGAACUUGAAAGGUACAAUAAAAAUUUAGAAGAAGCUAAAAGAAUUGGGAUUAAAAAAGCUGUCACAGCCAACAUUUCUAUUGGUGCUGCUUUCCUGCUGAUGUAUGCAUCUUAUGCACUGGCAUUUUGGUAUGGGACCACCUUGGUCCUGUCUGGUGAAUAUUCUAUUGGACAAGUACUCACUGUCUUUUUUUCUGUAUUAAUUGGGGCUUUUAGUAUUGGACAGGCAUCUCCGAAUAUUGAAGCAUUUGCAAAUGCAAGAGGAGCAGCUUAUGAAAUCUUCAAGAUAGUUGAUAAUGAGCCAUGCAUUGACAGCUUCUCAACAAAUGGCCACAAACCAGACAAUAUUAAGGGAAAUUUGGAAUUUAGAAAUAUUCACUUCAGUUACCCAUCUCGAAAAGAAGUCAAGAUCUUGAAGGGCCUCAACCUGAAGGUGCAGAGUGGGCAGACCGUGGCCCUGGUUGGAAACAGCGGCUGUGGGAAGAGCACGACGGUGCAGCUGUUGCAGAGGCUCUAUGACCCCAGUGAGGGCACGGUCACUAUUGAUGGGCAGGACAUCAGGACCAUAAAUGUGAGGUAUCUGCGGGAAAUUAUCGGUGUGGUGAGUCAGGAACCUGUGCUGUUUGCCACCACGAUAGCUGAAAACAUCCGCUAUGGUCGAGAAAAUGUCACCAUGGAUGAGAUUCAGAAAGCUGUCAAGGAAGCCAACGCCUAUGACUUCAUCAUGAAACUGCCUCAUAAAUUUGACACCCUAGUUGGAGAGAGAGGGGCCCAGCUGAGUGGUGGACAGAAGCAGAGAAUCGCCAUAGCACGUGCCCUGGUGCGCAACCCCAAGAUCCUGCUGCUGGAUGAGGCCACGUCAGCGUUGGACACGGAGAGUGAAGCAGUGGUCCAGGUGGCCCUGGAUAAGGCCCGAGAAGGCCGGACCACCAUUGUGAUAGCUCAUCGCUUGUCCACAGUUCGAAAUGCUGAUGUCAUCGCCGGGUUUGAAGAUGGAGUCAUUGUGGAAAAAGGAAAUCAUGAGGAACUCAUGAAAGAGAAAGGCGUUUACUACAAACUUGUCACAAUGCAGACAGGAGGAAAUGAAAUUGAAUUAGGAAAUGAAAUUUUUGAAUCCAAAAGUGAAAUUGAUGCCUUGGUAUCUUCAAAAGAUUCAGGAUCCAGUCUAAUAAGAAGAUCAACUCGCAGGAGUACCCUUGGAUCACAAGGCCAAGACAGAAGGCUUAGCGCAAAAGAGGACCUAGAUGAAAAUAUACCUUCAGUUUCCUUCUGGAGGAUUCUAAAGCUGAAUUUAACAGAAUGGCCUUAUUUUGUGGUGGGCAUAUUUUGUGCCAUUGUAAAUGGAGGCCUGCAGCCAGCAUUUGCAGUAAUAUUUUCAAGGAUUAUCGGGGUGUUUACAAGAAACGAUGAUGCUGAAACAAAACGGCAGAACAGUAACCUGUUCUCACUAUUGUUUUUAAUCCUUGGAAUUAUCUCUUUUAUUACAUUUUUCCUUCAGGGCUUCACAUUUGGCAAAGCUGGAGAGAUCCUCACCAGGCGGCUGCGGUACCUGGUUUUCAGGUCCAUGCUGAGACAGGUAUGUCUGCUGAGGUCUAAUGUGUUUCAGGCUAUAGGUUCCAGGCUUGCUGUAGUUGCCCAGAAUGUAGCAAAUCUCGGGACAGGAAUUAUUAUUUCCUUCAUCUAUGGCUGGCAGUUGACACUUUUACUCUUGGCCAUUGUGCCCAUCAUUGCCACAGCUGGAGUUGUUGAGAUGAAAAUGUUGUCCGGGAACGCGCUCAGAGAUAAGGAAGAGCUGGAAGUUUCUGGAAAGAUCGCUACUGAAGCAAUAGAAAACUUCCGAACUGUUGUGUCCCUGACUCGGGAGGAGAAGUUUGAACACAUGUAUGGGCAGAGCCUGCAGAUACCAUACAGAAACUCGUUGAAGAAAGCACACAUCUUUGGAAUUACAUUUUCCUUUACCCAGGCCAUGAUGUAUUUUUCCUAUGCUGCUUGUUUCCGAUUUGGCGCCUUCCUGGUGGCACAUGGUUUCAUGAGUUUUGAAAAUGUUAUGUUGGUGUUUUCAGCCGUCGUCUUUGGUGCCAUGGCAGUCGGGCAGGUCAGUUCCUUUGCCCCGGACUAUGCCAAAGCCAAAUUAUCAGCUGCCCACAUCAUCAGGAUCAUUGAAAAAGUCCCCGCCAUCGACAGCUACAGCACAGAAGGCCUGAAGCCGAAUAUGCUGGAAGGAAACGUGACCUUCAGUGAUGUUGUGUUCAAGUAUCCCACCCGGCCAGACAUCCCGGUGCUUCAGGGGCUGAGCCUGCAGGUGAAGAAGGGCCAGACGCUGGCCUUGGUGGGCAGCAGUGGCUGUGGGAAGAGCACAGCGGUCCAGCUCCUGGAGCGGUUCUACGACCCAUUGGCCGGGACUGUGCUUGUGGAUGGCACAGAAAUACAGCAACUGAAUGUCCAGUGGCUGCGAGCACAGCUGGGCAUUGUGUCCCAGGAGCCCAUCCUGUUUGACUGCAGCAUUGAGGAGAACAUCGCCUAUGGGGACAACAGCAGGACUGUGUCACAGGAAGAGAUUGUGAAGGCAGCCAAGGAGGCCAACAUCCACCAGUUCAUCGAGUCGCUGCCUGAGAAAUACACCACCAGAGUGGGAGACAAAGGAACUCAGCUCUCCGGUGGCCAGAAACAGCGCAUCGCCAUCGCCCGUGCCCUUGUUAGACAGCCUCAUAUUUUGCUUCUGGAUGAAGCUACAUCAGCUCUGGAUACAGAAAGUGAAAAGGUUGUCCAGGAAGCCCUUGACAAAGCCAGAGAAGGUCGCACCUGCAUUGUGAUCGCGCACCGCCUCUCCACCAUCCAGAACGCCAACGUCAUCGUGGUGAUUCAGAAUGGCAGGGUGAAGGAGCACGGCACACACCAGCAGCUGCUAGCACAGAAAGGCGUCUAUUUCUCAAUGGUCAGUGUCCAGGCUGGAGCAAAGCGCUAGUGAAGUCUGACCACAUGGGAUCUUAAACAUUAAACAGUUGUGUUUAAAUAUGACGUUUGAUCGGGUCAAAAAACAAGCACUGCAUUUGGUAGUUACCUAUUUAGCAUUUCCUGCCACAACUGGAUAAUUUCCAGUCUAGCGUCUUCAGAGACUUCAUAGUUAAAGAAUCCUAGGGGCUGGGGAUUUAGCUCAGUGGUUCCACUGCCUGCCCCGCAAAUACAAGGUCUGAGUUUGAUCCCCAGUACAAAGAAAAAAAAAUAAGUCAAAGAAUCAUAAAUAGAACCACUAUCAAAUGGGAGUGGAUAAUGGUUUGUAUCCAUUACAGAAUUCAUAAAAGGAUUUAAUGUAAUUUUGGAAUAUGUAAUUUAAUGUAAUUUUAUUUAUACUUUAUCAUUGGAACUAUAAGUCACUAUUGCUAAAAGAUUAUUCUAUCAAUAACAAACAGUACUGAUAUGUUUCCCCAGAAGUGCCUAAAAUAAAACUAAACUUUCAUAUC